AUGGCGUUUUCUGGAGGGCUUCGUCUGACCGACUUGAACGAUUACAUCACGCCUGGCCAGGAGUGCAUCAAGCCGGUAGAAGUCAAAAAGACUGGCAAGUCGGACGGCUCGCAGAUCAAGGUUGAUGGCACUGGCGGCUACUAUGAGGUCAGCAAGGACGGCGAAGAGACCAAGCUGGAGGCUGCACGGAUCACGCUCAAUGACUGCCUGGCCUGCAGCGGCUGCGUCACAUCAGCAGAGACGGUUCUGAUCACGAUGCAAUCGCACCACGAGUUAGUGUCGGUGCUGAAGGAAAAGAGCAAGCAGUUGGUGGUGGUUACUAUCGCACCGCAAUCAGUAGCAUCUAUGGCGCAAAAGUAUAACAUGUCGACGCUGCAGGUUGCGCAGCGCAUGACAGCCACACUGAAAGGCAUGGGAGUGGAUCAUGUCUAUGACUCGGCGUUUGCACGGGACCUGACCCUCGUCGAGUCAGCACGCGAGUUUGUCGAGCGCUUCAAGGCUAGCAGCCAGCAGCUACCGGUAUUGGCCAGCUGGUGCCCCGGCUGGGUGUGCUACGCCGAGAAGACACACGCGGAGGCGCUGCCAUAUAUGAGCACUACCCGGUCGCCGCAGCAGGCCAUGGGUGCUGUGGUCAAGAACUAUAUGGCUAACAAGCUGGGAAUCACACCUGACCAAAUCUAUCAUGUGGCGAUUAUGAUGUGCUACGACAAGAAGCUCGAGGCGUCGCGCGACGACUUUUACAACGACAUCUAUAAGACACGCGAGGUCGACUGCGUGGUCACCACCGGAGAAUUCGAUCGCAUGCUGGAUGAACAGGGCAUUGCAUUUGCUGAAAUCUCGCCAGCACCACUCGACUCACUGUUCAAGACAAAUGGGGACAGCACUGCCCUGUAUACUAGCGCAGGCACCUCGGCGGGCGGUGGGCUCGAAUACAUCAUGUCGUAUGCGGCCCGGACACUGUUCGGCGUUGCCAUUGCACCCGAAGAGAUUGCUGAUGCUGGACGCGGCACGCGGGCACACGAGCUGAUCCAAGUCAAGCUAGUGCGCAACCAGUCCGACCACCGCGAGAUGGUGCUGCUGGAUCCUGAAACCAGGCAGCCAGUGCUCAAGUUUGCUACCGUCUACGGUUUCCGUCACCUUCAGAACCUGGUGCGCAAGCUAAAGUCUGGCCGGGCCACAUUCCACUAUGUUGAGGUAGCAGCGUGCCCCAGCGCCUGCUCCAAUGGUGGCGAAACCGAGGCAAAAUAUACCACGUCCAGUGCCAGCCAGCUCCCAGAGGAUAACCCGCUGGUGAAGGAGCUGAUUUACGGCUGGUUCGGCUCGGAGGGACUAGACUCGCCCCUGGCCAAGGCACAACUUCACACACAGUUUCAUGGUGUCGAGACCAAGGUGAACCCGCUCGGCGUGAGCUGGUAGAGUGCCCUGAACAUUGCACUAAACCUCCCAAUAAAAAGAUCGAUUCCCCAGGCGGCAGAUGCGCGUGCGAUAGCAUUCGCAGUGCGCCGCGGCUGUGGAGAGGAAAUUUCGACCAGCGUGGCACAACAAGAAAUGGCCCGGAUGCCAUUCUCCCUGACUCUCCUCUCCCACACGCGAUGGGCAUAGAUAAAGCACGAGGUAGGGCGGCUUGGGCUUCUCUAGCCCCGAUCGAUAACAACCCGUCGCAGUAGAGCACCAUUUUGCUGUUCACACGACUCACUAAGAACUGUUUUUACCCGCGAUCGCAGAAUGAUGCUUUGCUCGCGCAAAGC